AUGGCCCCCAACAGAUGGAUUAGACCCGAGGUAUACCCACUUUUCGUGCCCGUUGGUAUGGCUGUUGGCCUCUGCGCUAUGCAACUUGUUCGAAACAUAACCACUAAUCCUGAAGUCAGGGUAACCAAAGAGAACAGAGCUGCAGGAAUUCUUGACAAUGAAUCGGAGGGUGAGAAAUAUUCACAACAUUUUGUGAGGAAGUUUGUCCGCGGCAAGAGCCCUGAGAUUAUGCCGUCCCUCAAUGGCUUCUUCUCCAAUCCAAACUAA